CCCUCCAUCUUGGACCGUAUUGCAGAUGCCAUGCAUAUAUCUGAUAAGAAGUAGUUCAAACUAAUGGUCGAUCAGUUCUACUACUCAUGGCAAUGAAUCAUCCAUGCUUUUCUGCGUCCUUGUUUUCCUUCCCCAAAAAUGCAACUCUUUCUACGCCUAUCCAAUUUUCUCAACAAAGGAUUAAUGGCUGCAAUAUAAUCCAAGCCUGUGCAAUCCCUAGGGAUACCAUUGAACAUUCUGGUAAUGGCUAUUCUAGUUUUCCUCAAAAGCAUUACUCCAAUAGAGAGACAGCAGGUACUAGUACUAGUACCAACAAAGCUCCACCUCCAAGGCCCCGCCGGAUAAUCUUGGUUCGGCAUGGACAGAGUGAAGGAAAUGUGGAUGAAGGUGUUUAUACAAGAGUUUCUGAUCCAAAGAUUGGAUUGACAGAGAAAGGUGUGGCUGAUGCUGAGACAUGUGGGAGGAAGAUAAGGGAGAUGCUUGAGGAAGACCAAGUGCAUAAUUGGAAGGUUUAUUUUUAUGUGUCUCCUUAUAAAAGAACAGUUGACACACUCAAGGGUUUAGGGAAAGCAUUUGAGCGAUCAAGAAUUGCUGGGAUGAGAGAAGAGCCUCGCUUAAGAGAGCAAGAUUUUGGGAAUUUUCAGGACAGGGAGAAGAUGAGAGUGGAGAAAGCUAUCCGCAUGCGCUAUGGUCGAUUCUUUUACCGGUUUCCUAAUGGAGAAUCUGCAGCUGAUGUUUAUGACAGGAUCACAGGAUUCAGAGAAACACUGAAAUCAGAUAUCGAUGUCGGACGGUUUCAGCCUCCGGGGCAGAGAAACCAAAACAUCAACUUGGUGAUAGUUUCACAUGGCCUAACUCUAAGGGUGUUUCUGAUGAGAUGGUACAAAUGGACAGUGGAGCACUUUGAGAGACUGAACAACUUUAGUAAUGGAAGCAUGGUGGUUAUGGAAAGAGGCUAUGGUGGAAGGUACAGUUUGUCCAUGCACCACACAGAAGAAGAGCUAAGAGAGUUUGGAUUGUCAGAUGAAAUGCUAACUGAUCAGGAAUGGCAAAAAUAUGCAAAACCUGGGGAGCUGAACUAUGAUUGUCCAACGAUAAAUUCCUUCUUCACCCACUUCGGUGAAGAUGAUGAUGGUGCAGCCAAGGACCAGAUUUCUGCUUUGCUUGUGGCAAGGUUAGCUUGCCUGUGCUGAAUAUGAGUGUACUGUUGGAACUUGGAACCUAAGGCAGCCACACUAAACCAAUGUUGCUUUCUUUGGAGCCUCAGCUGGCUCUGCCUUCUAAUGCACUAGCACUUUCUCCGGUGGAACUUUAAAAAAUCAGAGAUGUCUGACGAGAAGCCAAAACAAUACAUGAAGAUUAUCUUCUAUUAGUUGGACCGAGCAUGGGAAGGAAGGUUAGAAACACGUUUCUGUGAAGUGUGUGCAGGGAAAGAAG